GCACCGCCGCGUCCCGGUAUCUCAUUGGUUUGAUCUAAAAUCAUAUCGCACAAGUAUAGCCAAUCUUAAAGCGCGCAACUCGUGCAGCGCAAGCUAUUUUUUUAUCCGCUUAAAGAGCUCGGGGAGGAGGCAACAACAUGCAAUAAACCGGGCAACUUAGUGCUCACAUUGGGCAAAAAGUGUUCUUCAUGUUCAUGAUCAAAAUCAGGGAUUAUGAUGACAAACGAGAAUGAGAAAAGCUCAGCAAACUAACCGAGAAGCAACUCAUACUCUUCUGUAAAAACAAUACCUCGCUGCAAGCUUUUCCAUAAGAGCCCUCCACUAUCUUCCAUCUCCUCCCUUCCAGGACCAUGAACAUGGUGCUAUCCCCUCUUCAGUCUCCUCCCUUGGCUCCUGCAAAGCUUAAAAGGAUUGUCAUCUGCCAGCAUCAGUGCUCUCUUUGCUGAAGACGGACAAACCAUGCUGUCUGGGACAUGGCGGCGGUCCGUGGCGCAUCAGCAACCUGCUGCAGCACCUGUAAACACCAGGGGGGUGACGCUGUGUGGCGUGCCCAGCGGUACGGUGGUCCUGGAGGCCCAGUAUGAUUACAACUAUCGCGGCGCUGAUGGGAGGCAGGUCUGCAUACGGGAGGGCGAGAGGUUCAUUCUCCUGAAGAAGACCAAUGCGGACUGGUGGCAGGUGCGGCGGAUAGGAGCAGCAACUAAAACAAAGCCUCUAUAUGUUCCCGCCACAUACGUGACGGAGGUUCCUAUCGCACCUAUGGCGUCACCGCAGCGCCUCAUCAUUUCUGCCUCGCUCAACUCCAACGUCCAAAUCCUGCCAAGAGUGGCGCUCAUUCAAAGCCCCACAGUAUAUCAUGAGCAGCACCAAGCAAGCAAACCCAUCUACCGUUCCAUGGAGAACUUGAGCUCCAGCAGUGCCUUCAAAGGUCCGGACACCAACGGCAGCAUGACUGUAGGUGGCCGUUUCCCCACCUUGCCUCUCUCCGGGUUCACCUUCACCCCCAACUCUUCUGCCACCUCCCCGUCAAGCCACCUUACGGUCCCCGGGGACGUCUCGGCGGCUCAGACAAACGCAAGGGUGGUCCCCAUGAUCACUCGCAGCCAGAGCUCCAGCAACCUAACGGACAAUGUGAUGGAGAACCCUUACGACGAGGUGGGCGCCAGCUUCAGCAGUCACGUCAACUACAGGCCGCCCAAGAAGUCUUGCAGCCAGUGGGACGUGGUGGGAUCUUCUGGCAAGAACAACCACUUGCAGGUCCCGACAGAGUCCUAUUUGUCUCAGCUGUCCUGGCAGGACUCGCCUCUCUAUCACCAACCCCAACCAGAGAGGCGUCCGUCUCAGACCGAGCCACCCAGCCCGAUCCCGGGUCAGCCUCCUGUCCAGGUCAUUGAUCUGUGGGAGCAGUAUGUGGACCCGGCUUCUCUGAGAAGCUUCUACGUCAACACCAUCACUAAGGAGAGAUCCUGGAAACCUCCUCGGAGAGCUCGCGGAGGAGCCGCCAACAAGCAGGUCAGUUCGGUACAAACUAAAACAUUACCCAGAGAAACCAGCCUCCUGUCACUACCACUUCCUGCCACAGGCAAUGGAACCAUGCACAGGCUUUCACCUGACUUCCUGUUUGGGAGCCACCAGAGGAACACAGACGGCAACUGGCGGAUGAAACAGAGCAUGCAGCGUGCCGCCUCCUCCGACACCAUUAGCACCAUGGCACUCACCAACGCCAACACCCACUGUCAGGACUGUGCCCCCCUGCAUGACUCCAGGCAACCGCUCUCGCACUCACGGUCCAUGAUCCUGCCAGAGAAUGGCAAGGUAUCACCAAUGCAUGCCCAGCAGUGCAGAGACUACUCGUGCAAGGUGACCAACAUCGUCGUGGAGCCGCCAUCGCCCGAGAGCUCCCCAGACGGAGAAGGCACACCAGAGUUGGAGAAAGCUGGGCUCUUGAACAAGACCAAGAUUGCAGAAGGAGGCCGGAAACUCAGAAAAAACUGGAGUCCAUCCUGGGUGGUGUUGGUCGGGAACAGUCUGGUUUUCUUCAAAGAUCCUAAAUCACAGACGCCUUCCAGCUGGAAACCAGGCAACAGUCGCCCUGAGAGCAGCGUUGACCUCAGAGGAGCAAAGCUGCAUUGGGCCAACGAGCUGUCCAGCAAGAAGAACGUCUUCAAGCUGAGGACGGUGACGGGCAACGAAUUCUUGCUGCAGUCAGAGACGGAUUCUCUGAUCAAAGAAUGGUAUCACACCAUCCAGAACGUCAUCGAGAGGCUGGACCGAGAAAACCCGUUAGACAACAUCCUCCUCUACUCUCUGAGGAGAGCAGGUAGCGUGGAAAUGCUGGACCACAGCGGAGACGAAGAUGACAGGAGAACGUCACUCCCUCGCUCGGCCUCCAACCUGGAGAACACGGAGAAGAAGAGGGUGAAGACGCGGCUGAAGAAGCUCAUUCUGAAGAGGCCUCCUUUGCAGGCCUUGCAGGAGAAGGGACUGAUUAAAGAUCAGGUGUUUGGCUGUCGUCUAGAGAUGCUGUGCGAGAGAGAGAAGAGCACGGUCCCUCGCUUCGUCAGGCUUUGCGCUGAGACUGUGGAGAAGAGAGGAUUGGACACUGAUGGCAUCUACAGGGUGUCUGGGAACCUGGCGGUCAUUCAGAAACUACGCUUCCUGGUCAACCAUGAGCGUGCGGUGACCACCGAUGGUCGUUACAUGUUCCCAGCAGAGUUGGUGCAAGAGGAGAAGCUCAAUUUGGACGAGAGUGAGUGGGAGGACAUCCACGUCAUCUCGGGAGCUUUGAAACUUUUCUUCCGCGAGCUUCCUGAGCCCCUGGUGCCCUACGGCUUCUUUUCUGACAUGGUGGAGACAGUCAAGAUUUUGGACUACACGGACAAAGUGGAGCGUUUGAAGACGCUGGUACAAAAGAUGCCUCCGCCCAACCACGACACGCUGCAGUUCAUCUGCCGCCACCUCAAACGUGUUUUAGAGCAUUCGGACGCCAACCGGAUGACCACCCAGAACAUCGGCAUCGUGUUCGGCCCGACGUUGAUGCGCCCCGAGUGCGACAGCGGCAACAUGGCGGUGAACAUGGUGUACCAGAACCAGGCGGUGGAGCUCAUUCUCACCGAGUACGAGCACAUCUUUGUAGGCGGGCGCUGAGGUCGACCCUGUUGACUUUUAGACGGUGUCAAAUGGAUUUCACAUUAAGAGAUAAUUAGAAGGAAGCGGCGUGUUGCUUUGUCAUCUGGCCGCCACGAGACUCCCCUUUUGGCCGCCGUGCUUUUUGACUGCAGAUGUGGAGCCCAGCUGUGGAUGGAGCGGGCGCUUCUUUGUCACUUCUCCUUGAUAGCCUCAUUGACUGAAGCCAAGCCAGUGAUAAAUCCUCUCCAGGCCCCCAACCCCCACCCCUGCACGACCACCUUCUCAGAGAACCAAAAGAAGGAGUAGUGGAACCAUGUCACUGUGAAUGCGCCUCUAUGCAGCCCAGCAUUAACACAUACUUCCAUUCAAAAACACACCAGUACUACUUUCCUACCAAAUAGUACUUUAUUUCUUGUGGAACUUCCUCUUUUUCCUUUAUGUGAAAGUAUCUCCCAUAUCUACAUACUAUACGUCCGAUACCUGCUUUGUCCACUGCUAAGCAUCUAGAUUAUGGAUGCUCCCAUCCUGCUGAUUAUGAGCGAAAUGGGCCGAUCCCCAUCACAUUCAUGAAGUGCACAUUUUUCGAUGUGUUUAUGAUGAGGACAAUUCCAACAUCCACGCUUUUUAACGUACACUGGCCGAUAAGAGCAUCCCUAAUCUUAAUGCUCCCUUUGACUCCAAAGAUGGACUUUUAAAUGUGUUGUGACACCGCAUAUGUCCUGAAAUAAAAUUAAAAAAGUGAGCCCCC